GUGUGUAUAAAAUGAAAGAAGCGUACGGAUAAUCAUAUCCUUGCCAGCCUAUGAACAAUUGGAUUGCGCGUGAUCAAGCUGUCUGUUCCACAUGUUCCUGAUAGAUAUUGUAUAGCUAUAGCUUUGAGCAUAUAUAUUUAUAGUAUAUCCCCCAAUUAUGUAAGAAAUCUUUGACCAUUCGCUCCUUUAACUUCAGGAAUUAAUUGGUACCGAUUCCUAGACCAGUGCCGUGCAAGUAAAUCGUCAUUCAUGUGUUAUCACAUCACUCUGGAGAUCUGCUGCGAGGAAGAAUUUGACAAUGCAUUCCCAAAUACCCUUAAGUUGGUGAGGUUCUUCGUCCUCUGCCAGGCAGCACAGAUAGCUUGGGCACUCCAGGAAAUUGAACAUCGCGGGCCACCCCGUCCCCCGAUGCCACAGGUUUGUACUAAGAAAUGCCCAAACUUUGACCCCGAUUAUGUUCGAUUUGAACGCGUAUUCUUCACUAGGUGCGAGAACUGUGUUAAAACAAAGGGCCCAGAGAAAUAUGGACUCAACGAUGAGGAUAUCCCUAUCAUUAUACAUCAUGAUAAGCUUCUCCGUGAUCAGCUCUUUGAGGCAGUCGCUUCCAAACCAUACGACGAAGUCGUAUCGCGGCUUCAAGCCGACUUUAAUAUCCACGAGCGAUGGAUGUUAAGCGGCUCGCGAUGGGUCGUGGCUCCUAUCCUUACCGGAGGGAAUGACAUACUAGGUCCGAACCCGACGUACGAUUUAGAGGGCGUGGGAUGGUGGCUGGAACAGGGGAUUGGCGGUAUACGCCAAGAUGUAUUGGACUGGCUUAAGAGCCUUCCGCCAUCAACGUUUGCCCCCAAUAAGCCACAGUCAUUGUCGGCCAUGGAAUUUUGCCCCUCAUUAGCUAGUGAAAGUCCUCCACCAAACGAAGAUCCCGAUCCGUUAUUUGAUAGUGAGGACGAAGAAGACGCAGAAGAUUCGGAUAAAGAUGACAAGGACGGCCGUCCGCAAUCAAGGGCGAGUGUGAAGUCGGAUUCAUCGAUGGAAGGCUAUGAAUGGUGGGAUAACUGGGCGGAGCAUCACGCCUAUUUGCCUGCUCAAUGUACCUACGAGGAAUUUCGUGAACUGCAAAGAAGUCGCCGGAAGGGUAACUCGCAGCCUCAAGAUUUGACUGAAGCAAUACCUGAAGCGAAACAAUGAAGAACAUUGUGUUAGUUAUCCCAAGCUUUGAAUCUUUAACAGCAUUCUCAAGUGCGUGACAAGUAGCGUAAAGGCUGAAGUUGCCAAGUUGCUAAGUUGAACUGAUUGAUAUGGCACUGGAAUCACGGAUGAUCACUAGGGGUCUGCUAAA